AUGGAUUCUCCUCAAUCUGUUGUGUCGCCACUGAAAAGCUCGUCUGUUUUUCCUGAGCGUGAGAAGCAAAACACUAACCUUUUCGUAGAGAAUGCUGGCUGCCUAUCGAGAGGAACUGUAUUUGGAAGGAAAGAAGCAAUAAGCUCAAACCAAGAGGAAGUCCUUGGCAUUUUGGAGGUUUACAUACACCAGGCUAGGGACAUCCAUAAUAUUUGCAUCUACCAAAAGCAAGAUGUUUAUGCUAAACUUUGCCUCACUAGCGAUCCUGAAAAUACAGUCUCCACCAAAAUCAUUAAUGGCGGUGGAAGAAAUCCAAUCUUCAAUGAGAAUCUCCGACUUAAUGUUCAUAAGGUUUAUUCCUCUCUCAAAUGUGAGAUAUGGAUGCUAAGCAGGGUGAGGAAUUAUCUUGAAGAUCAAUUGCUUGGGUUUGCUUUGGUGCCUUUGUCUGAAGUCCUUCUCAACAGUGGGAAGUUAGAGAAAGAAUUUUCCCUCUCCUCAACCGAUCUCUUCCACUCCCCGGCUGGAUUUGUUCAGUUAUCCCUCUCUUAUGUUGGAGCGUCACCUGAUGUGAUUCCAAUUCCUGCUCUACCCACAUCUGUGGCUAUUGAUGGAGUUGUGCAGGACAAAGAAUCACCUGCAUCUGUUCCGGAUGACUUUGAAAAUAUUGAAUUCCCAGAUCCUAAAGUGGUGAGUGAGAAUCAUCAAAUGGUUUCUGAGUAUUUUGGGAUCAGAUGUGCCAAUCAGGACUCCGAGAGUUCAGAGAGCCUGGUUACUUCUGAUACUGAAAAUCAAAUAAGCUCAGAUAUAGGGGUUCAACCCGCGGAAAGUUUCUCGACUGACACUAUCAGUUCCACUCUAUUCCCCAAGCAUGAUUCCCCUUCUAGCUGUGUAUCAACAAAUGGAACUUCAUCUGUUUCACUUCCUCCGGGCUCCGAGUCCUCUGAGACCCUCAAAGAUUCAAAAUCUCCAAACCAGGAAUAUGUCUCCUUUCCUAAGAAUGAUCUGAAGGAGAAAAAUGCUGAUGAUGGAGAUGCUGCAAGUAAUGCAUCCGGUGGCAUGUCAAGUAAUGAAUUUCUAAAGCCUCUUGUCACUGUAAACAUUGAACAAGAGUCGAAGGUGGUGCAGCAGGACAUUGUGGAUAUGUACAUGAAGAGCAUGCAGCAGUUUACUGAGUCAUUGGCAAAGAUGAAGCUUCCGAUGGACUUCGAAAGUGGGCCAACUAGUUCUGGGAAUUCAAGUUCGGAUCAGAAAUCGCCAGCAUCUAAGAACUCCAGCUCCCGAGUGUUUUAUGGGAGUAGAGCUUUCUUCUGA